AUGCAUCGCAUCUUCCAUCCUGACACUGAAAUACAGCAUCAAACUGCUGCUAAUGGUUGGAAACUUAUUACAUGCUCAGCAGAAAAGAACAAUAAAAAUGCAUCUAUAGGUGAUGUUGGUCUGCUUAUGAGUCCACAGGCAUACAAGUCGUUGAUAAAAGCUGAAAAGGCAAAUUCUCGAAUUAUUCAAGCCACAUUCGAGGGAAAUCCUAAAACAACAAUAUUGCCCUGCUAUUCUCCAACAAAUGCAUGCAAUGAUGAGGAAAGAGAUAGUUUCUACACACAGUUGUCUGAAACUAUAAGAUCACUUCCAAAACAUAACAUCCACAUCAUUGGAGGUGACAUGAAUGCCAAAAUUAAGCCAGAAGACUGUGGUGGAUAUGCCUAUAACAAGAAAACAAAAGAAAAUUGCCAAGCCCUUAUGAUGUUACUAAAUACAAAAUUCCAAAAGUGCAAAGGAAAAUUGUGGACCUUUAUAUACCCAAGCAAUGAAAAGGCACAAUUAGAUUACAUCCUAAUCAACAGAAAGAAGCAAAACAGUGCAAUAAAUUGA